AUGCUACGACAGGGACACCUCAAAGAAUUGCUGAGCGAUCGGGGAAGGACCAACUUUGCCAGGGGAUGUGAACAUCAGGGGCCGCCGAAAUUGCCCUCGCCAUCCUGCACCAUCCAUAUGAUCAUCGGUGGCGAGGAUGACGCUUCCAUCAAUAGUGUGAAGUUCACCACAACCCACAAGCUCAAACGGUCGAUCACCCACGGACGAUAUGAUGAACUCGAAGAAAGUAUUAUCUUUGAUAAGUUAGAUACCGACGGUUUGGAUUUCCCUCACUAUGAUGCUCUCGUUAUCACUUUACAAAUUUUAGAUACUGAUGUAAGACAGAUUAUGGUAGACAAUGGGAGCGACGCGUGCUACGAGUUAGAUUGGUGCAUGACUCAAUCUUCUGGGGAGGAAGUGCUACCAUAG